AAAAUGGUGAGCCACAAAAAAUACUGAAUCCUAAUUUUCACACUGGGGAAGAACAGAGAAGAAGGCGAAGAUGACAACCAGAUUGAAGAAGAACAGGAAGAAGAGAGGUCAUGUCAGUGCCGGUCACGGUCGUAUCGGAAAGCACCGGAAGCAUCCCGGAGGUCGCGGUAACGCUGGAGGCAUGCACCACCACCGGAUCCUCUUCGACAAGUACCAUCCAGGUUAUUUCGGUAAGGUUGGUAUGCGAUACUUUCACAAGCUUCGUAACAAAUUCUAUUCUCCCAUUGUGAACAUAGACAGGCUCGCUUCUCUGAUUCCUCAAGAGGUUAAGGACAAAGCUCUUAAGGAAAAGAAGGCUCCUGUUAUUGAUGUUACUCAGCAUGGUUACUUUAAGCUUUUGGGGAAAGGAGUUUUGCCUCAGAAUCAGUCUUUUGUGGUGAAGACGAAGCUUAUUUCUAAGAUUGCUGAGAAGAAGAUUAAGGAGGCUGGUGGAGCUGUUAUUCUUACUGCUUAGUUUUUUUAAUUGUUAUUGCUUUCGAUUUAGAACAAAUUAGGGUUUUUUUGCCCUUUUGGUUUUUGUUGUUGCUUUGUACUUUUUGAUAUUUCAUUAGUGUUUUUCAAUAUGAUUGCGAAAUUGAAUCUUAGGUUAUAGAAAUGAACUUCGAUGAAAUUUUGUUGUAAUAAGCACGUUUAUAUUGUUUACAUGCUCUGCAAAACAACCUCCUUAGUUUUGUUUUUCUGGUUUA